AGCUCUAAAUAGCUAGCACCUCUGCAAGAACAAUCUUGAAAUAUGUUCUGACCGCACUGUAACUAGAUCUACAGAGUCAACCCCGUAGAGGAUGGCAGUUAAGAGGAUUGACCAAUGUAGAGAGUGUAUCAGAUCACAUGUAUCAGAUGGCUAUUAUGGCUAUGAUCAUCACAGAUAAGAGUUUGGAUAAAAACAGGUGUGUACAAAUUGCUCUUGUACACGACAUGGCCGAGUGCAUUGUUGGAGAUAUAACCCCUGCCGAUGGAAUAAGUAAGGAGGAGAAACAUCGAAGAGAAAAAGAAACCAUGGAGAAGUUAUCAAAAUUAGCUGGUCCUGAAUCGGGUCAGGAAAUGUAUCAAUUAUGGAAGGAGUAUGAAGAACAAUCAUCAGCAGAGGCUAGGUUUGUGAAAGACCUUGAUCGCUUUGAAAUGAUCUCACAGGCAUUCCAAUAUGAAAAGAGGGAAAAUAAACCAGGUCUUCUACAAGAGUUCUUUGAUUCUACACAAGGCAAAUUCAGCCAUCCAUUGGUGAUAGAAUGGGUAGAAGAACUGAAUAAACAGCGAGACAACAUGAUCAAGGAACAUCAAGAUCAGAGCUCUAGUUGACAUUAGCUGAACUCCCUGUCAUACUCAGGAAUAAUUUUAUUGACAAUCCUGAAGAAUUAGAAGCAAAGUGGAGAUUUUUUCGCCUACUUUCACUUGGGUUGAUCGGAUUCGAACAUCUUCUCUUUCGUGAGUGAGCUAGCCUGGCGCUGGCUGGCUGGCUGAGCUGUGCGAAGCACGCCCCGUCCCGAUUCAUCCACACUACAAUCGCAUCGCCAGUGACCAUGGAGAUCAUGGAGAUGGAGUCAUCCAAGACCAAGACGACAAAAUACUUGUCGAAGUAUAAAGAUAAUUUUCAAGCAGAAUGGGACUGUGUGACAAUUUUCACAGGAAUCCCUCAGAGACUUUAAACAGUCCACAUAUAAAGCUCAUUUACCAUGUUUACCACUUCUGCAGCCCCUCCCCUCUGGCCAAUUAAAGGUAUUUUCAUGUUGAAUGCAUUCUUGUAUGAAUUAUUUAAAAAAUCUGCUGUAUUGCCUGAAGUGUAUAUUUAGUCAAUGACAAUUCAUGAAUUCUCUCUAAUGUGCUUUUAAUCUAUCAGAAUUUUUUUUGAUGGUUUAGACAGCUGUCGGUUACUAAUAUCAAAUGUUGUUUCUUAAUGUGUUUUGCUACCCAAAACUCCCAUCCGUGGGACAACGUUCCGCCGCUCCCUCACAAAAUCAUACCUCCGCGAAAUCUACUGGAUUCUAUCAUCUCAAUGUUGGCAGCUCUGAGUGAACUGCUCAUGAAGUACAGUAUGGGUAGAAUGAUGCUUCCGAAAGCCACUCUGCUCCUUUAAUAAUAUGUUAUUUUCAGUACCAAAAUCGUGGAGUUGUGUAUGACUUUCGAACACUUUCAUGACUAUAGGUAAGACUGAUAUUGGCCUGGCUCCACCUUUGUGUAAGGCAGUUACUUUGGCUUCUUUCCAUUCAUUGGGUAUACAACCAGAUUAAAUUGAGUUGUUAUAUAAUCUUGUCAGAUGAACGUAAAUGACUAGUGCAGCAGAUUUCAGGAGUUUGACAUUCAACCCAUCGCUUCUGGUCGCCUUUUUCGUAUCAAGCUUUUUCAGAAUGUUUAGAAGAACAUCAGGUUCUAUCAUGUCAAAUUGGAAGACUUUUUUACCCUGGGAAACACUGGUCAAACAACUCAAGGUAUCAUUUUCAUUAGCAUGAUCAAAUGAAGUAUUUGCACCAAAAGAACUAAAUAUUUUAUUCAACUCAUUUGCUAUUUGCUUAGGUUCACACAAUUCGUUUCCAUUAAUAUUGAGAAUAUUUGUAGUUUGUCUAGGUCUACCUCCUGUUAGCCACUUUAAAAUCUGCCAAAGUUGAGCAGAGUUAUUCUUAUUCUCCAAAAUACCCCUUUUUCAACGUUUCCUUAAAGAUAUUUACAUGAUUCCUACAAGUACGAUAAUGCAUCCAAUGUAUGGGUAAUCAGGAAUGCUGUGCAAGACGUUUUAACUUAUCUCGUUGGUAAGAUAGAGUUAUAUAUUCAUAAUUAACCCAUGGUGUUUUCACACCCCUAACAUUCAUAGUAACAACUGGGGCAUUAGAAUUACAAAUUUGCAUGAAAUCAUGUUUCCAGCUGUGGGGGUAAUUAUGGUGUUCUUUUUCUUUCUUUUUUUAUUACAGAUUAUACAUAACACAUACACAUAGAGUAACAUAUAUGCUCUUUAUCUUUUAUUUUUUUCCUUUUCUUGUUACUUCCUCUUUCCUUUUAUUCUUUGCUUAUCUUUUCUUUCCUUUAUUCUUUUCCUUUUCUUUUAAUCUUUUUUUUCUUCAUUCUUUUAUUUUACUUUGUUCUUUUUCUUUUUCUUUUUUUCUUCUCUUUUCCUUUUAUUUUGAUGUUGCCCACAUGAAUAGAUGUUAAAUCGAGCCCUGCCAUGGUAUUUUCAAAUGUAACUAAGUAGGCGUUGGUUGAUGCAUUAAGGCUCAACUCGGGACGACUGGUGUGUUCUUCAAAGAAUACAUGUAUUUGUAAGUCAUUGUAUGUUAAUCCAUCUCCCCCCUGUCGCUUUCAGUUGAGGAGAUUCCUGAUAAUUCAAAAUGAAAAUUAUAAAACCACUUUGUAUAAUCAGUUAUUCGGCACAGUCAUCUUCAUUAUCUUCACAAAUUAAUCAUCAACAUUAAUGUCUUUGUCUUUAUCAGCAGAUCAAGCAGUUUAUGUUCCACUAUACUAGCAUUGAUUGUACAGAUGGCAUGCAUACCAGGUAGGGUACCAUGGCUGUUGGUGUACAAAUACAUCAAGGUCACUUGUGCCUCCCAUGUUGGAUGAAGGCUUUCUUGGUUCCCCUAACAAAACCAUCAAAGAAUAUUCUUGACCUGAUGCCAGACCAUCUUAAUUGGGUUGAGGUCAACACUCUUUGCAGGAGUCUUCAAUGUAUAUAUUUUUUUCUCCUCAAACCAGUGUUUGGCAAGUUUCAAGCAUGCUUUUUGUUUCAAUUCAAUUCAUUUAUUUCCUGUUUCAAUCUUUUUUUUUUAUUUACAAUGAUAGUUCAAUAUACAUAUUUACAAAAUAUAACAUUUAAAUCAAUUUUUAUAGUAUAAUAAUACCAUGAAAUCGAAAGGGAAGGAGACCAACUAAAAGCAGAGCAUGUAGGGUGAAGGCCCCCUUUUAUGAGUACAUUUUAUGAAUUAAAAAUAAGAUAAAAUAAAGAAAUAAACAAAACAAAAUAUAUAAUAAAUCAAAAUUAAAUGAACAAAAAUUGAAAUUAAAUGAAAAUUAUUUUGCUGUAGCUGAUGGUAAUCUGGUAAAAUGACUAGGAUGAAGGGAAGCAAUGUAUCUGUCAGUAUUUCUUUAACGUAGAACUCAGAGUCUAUUAUUCUGUCAAAUAUCAUAAUGCCUCUAGGGCUCUACCUAGACUAGAUACAUGUAUGCUUGCCCACAUGUGCAGCUUUCCAGGAUGUUUUGGUUUGGGCUUUAUGGGAGGAUCACAGUUGCCUUUGGUCAAACAUUAACUCCUGUAUGUGUUCAACUCAUAGUCAAUUCAUGUAAAGUCAUGAAAAAACUCCUUACAUUGCAAACCUUAGUUGGACCUUUCCUCUGAUGUAUCAUGUGCCGAUCUAUGCUAGUCUACGUGGUUGUUGGCUACAUCUUUAUUUAAUUAUUUACAUUAUUUACCAUUUUGGCUUUUUAAACAAUAUAUCACAUUGUUUUAUUGCACGAUAAACAUUUCUCAACGUAACGACUUGAUUAUGUUUCAUAGUAUACCGAGAGUAUACCGCAUAAAGAAGUGGAAAUGCAGAGUCAGUACUUGGUCCUAUCGCCCCUCUGAGUGAUGGAUGAUCUUACACAUGAUAGACAUUGUCCAGGUGGUGCUUGAUCCUCUCUGAAGUCAGCUUGGUCACCCAGUAGUCUUCAAUCCCUUCGAUAAGCUGUUCCUGCAUCCUUGGCUUGACAUGCUGAAUUUAAGAGUAUACAUGUAUAACAGUAUUUUAGCUCUAUCACAUAUUUUGAUAAAUAUAUCCUCUUUUUUAUUCAUACACCAUUUAAAAAAAAUUAUUUGUUUACUUUUUUCUUCUCUUUUUUUUCUAUUACUUUAGUGUCACAUUGUUUCUAUAUUUUAUGAAAUUGUGUUCAUGAAUAAUCAGUUUGAAUGUAAUGAAUCAAUAUUUUUUUGGUAUCGACUCAUUUCACUUAUGAAUUAUAUCCCAAAUGUAUAUAUAUAGGUAUUAGUGCAAAUGAUGAUCAUUUCCUGGGGCUUUCUUUUUGUUCUUUUUUUCUUCUCAGUGAUAACACUGAUAUCGCAAGCCAUCAUUAAAAUCAUGCAUUCCCUUAGUUGGUUUUGAUGACGUAAAUGCUUACGUAAUGAUCGGUAAAAACUAAUUUAUCAUAUGAAGCCUAGUAAUGGUCCUCUGGUACUGAUAUGUCUGUUAGCAUUUUCCUUAUGGAGGAUAUUAAAGACAAUAACUUCUGUUAUAUUA